AUAAAAAAUGGUUUAUAGUUUGAACUAAAAGGGAAAAUUUUAAUGAAUUUUCAGGAAGCUUGGGUAAUUUUGGGCAAUUUUUGCUGAAUCUUGGGUAAUUUCGACUUAGUCAUUGGGUAUAUAUCAUUAUCAAACAUUGUGAGUAGUCACGUUGCCUUGUUGGUUCAUACCUGGUCCUGCUGACCAGAUAAAUGCAAAAGGAGCAGACCAAAAUACAAACAAAAUGACGAGGCACUAACCACCCCUCCAGUACAAGGAGAUCAGCAGUGAAGGAAUAUAACCAGGGACCAAAAGGUCUGCAAGGAUUUCAACAAUUCACAGUGUUUGCCACUAGUUUAGCCUCCUGAGCUGUUAGCUGACACCUUAGGUCAUCAUUAACAAUGGGUUGCUGCAGCAGCUGCAGACAUCGCUCCAAACUCCAGGAGUCUGAAAACCCUAUGAACUCUUCACUACAACCCAUUCCAGAAGAAAAUGCAUUCCUGCCACUGGAAGCAAUGACCAGCACACCAGGUCUGUGGAGAGACACCAGAGAUGGCUACAUCACAGGUUCAAAUCUAUCAAUAUCUAAGAAAACGAAUUCUAAUUUAUCUAUUGCAUUGAAACGGAUGUCUGGGGCAAGUUUCUAUCGUCUGGCCAAAGGAGGAAGUGACUACAAUUUGACAGAUGAUGAGGGCAGUGUUUGGACACUUGCAUCAUCUACCAUGGAAAAUCCAGAGGUUGAUGAUCCAGAUUAUGCUGCUGAAGUUCUUGCCAGUUUACAUCUCGGUCUAAUGAAUGGUCUCUAUACUGAUUUCACCAUUUCCACUCGGAAUCAACAGUUUCACUGUCACAAAGCCAUUUUAGCUGCUGCCAGCCGAUUUUUUUCACUAUUGUUUUAUGAGAAGAGAAAAGAAAAUGGUAAAACAGAGAUUGUAGCUUGUAAGCCAAUAGACUUCAUAGAUCUUUCAAACAUUGCCCCUCCAAUCAUGCUCACUAUUAUUGAGUAUAUUUACACUGCUAAGUUGAUAAUAAGUUUAGAAACUGUGCACGGCCUGCUUGUUGCAGCCCAACAAUUUCAAUUGAACUCUGCUGAAGAAGCUUGCCGCGAAUUCAUUGAUAAACUUGAUAUUUCGAGUCGUCUAAAUGCUGAAGAAAUGGUCACAAGGAUCCAGCCAGAAUACACUUUUAAGCAACCCUUUCAUGUCAAUGAAAUUUUACUUGGACUAAAUGAUCAAAGGAUAGAUAAGAAGUUUACCGAUAUCACAAUUUGUGUUGAAGAUCAAGAUUUUGCAUGUCAUCGUAUUGUACUGGCUACUAUUCAUCCAUCUCUAGAAGAAAAGAUGAAGGGUGUGAAUACUAACAAUCAGUUAGUUUUCAAAGGUGUUUCUCCUUCUGUUUUGAAGACUCUUUUAACAUACACUUACACAUCCAAAUUGGAAAUUAACAGUGACAAUGCAAUCGACAUGUUGCGUUUGUCAUGUCGUUUGCGACACACAACGGCUAUUCGAAAAUGCAGUGACUUCCUGAAGUCUUCUAUCAAUUGUGCAAAUUGCUUGUCCAUUCAAGAAGCUGCUAGUAGUGAGCAUUGUGAAUACUUGAACAGAAUGGCAUUGAAAUUUGCUUUGCGGAAUUUCAAAGAGGUGAUCAAGCAGAAAGCAUUUGUCGACAUGCCUGUCAAACAGUUGGUCCGUUACCUUGGUGAUAACAGCUUGAAUGUACAUGCUGAGCAGGAGGUAUUCGAUGCUUUGUCAAUUUGGGUGAACCACAAUAUGGAAAGUAGAAGCAAGCACAUUAGUGAAAUCCUCAUUUGUGUGCGCCUCCUUUAUGUAAACCCAAUAUACUUAAAGCAGACCAUCUUACAGAGUGAACUGAUAGUAAAUAAUGUAGAAUGUGAAAAGGUGGUUAGCAAAGCAGUUGAUAUACAUCAGCAGAUUAGAGAAGGCAGAACUAGUACAGACAUGAGGAAAAACCCAAGGAGGUCAUAUGGAGAAGUCACUGUUGUUGUUGGAGGAAGAAACAAAAAUGGUGAGUGGAUGAAUGAUGUCUGGUUCUAUGAUCAUGUAAAACGAAAGUGGAUCGCAAUGUCUCCACUACCAAGUGGAAAUGAAGAAUACAAAGUGAUUUCACAUUGUAAUGAUAUUUAUGCUAUUGGUGGAAGAAACAAGUCUGGAAAUGUUGUCUCUGAGGUGUGGCGUUAUGACUCCCUCUUUGAUGAAUGGACACAAACAGAAGACCUUUUAGCGCCAAGGAUCAGUCAUGGAGUUGGCAUUCUUUUUGACAAGAUUUUUGUGGUUGGAGGGCGUGAUGGAUACAGUGGAGAAAGUACCAGUGAAGUGGAGAAGUUCAGCCGGAGCAACAAUGAAUGGAAGAAUGGUGAACCUAUGACAUACGGUGUCAUGAAUCCAGUCGUGGUUUCUCAUAGUCGCAGGCUUUACAUAAUUGGUGGCAGACAUGAAGACAGUAAUAUCCUAUUUCAGUGCUUCCACCAUGAUAAGAACACUUGGACAGUAAUGUCACAUACUGGUCUGUUGUACGAGCCACGAAUUGCAGCCACAAUCAAAAAUAAAAUCUACCUUGUUGGUGGUAAACAAGAGUACAGCGUACAGAUUUAUGAUCCAAACAAAGACAAGUUAACAGCAGCUGGUGAGAUGCCUCAUGCAGAAGCUCAUGCCAGAGAACUCUAUUCUGGUACAACAACCAACAAGAAGUUGAUUGUCACUGGAGGGCAUUGGGCAAUUGGAACAGCUGAUGAUGCAUUGAUCAUCGUAACCAACAGUGUAGAGCAGUAUGACCCAGUCACUAAUGAUUGGACUGUGUUAGGCCCAAUGCCAAGGGCACUGUCCCAACAUGCUUGUGUUGCCAUCAAGAGGUUCAUUGGUUUACCAAUGCCAACUUCAUGGUCUUCUAAAUCACCGUUUCAUGCACCAACCAGUUAGCUCCACUAUUUGUUUCACUAUUCUUUUGUUAAAUCAAAUUUGACUUUUUUUUAAUGAACAUAUUUUUUCCUUCAUAUUUUCUUACACAAAAUACUGUAGAAUGAUAAAUUUAAAUGAUGUCUUUCAUAUAUCAUAAUAUAUAAGUAAAACAGUGACCAAUAUGUAUGAUUUUUUUUCAGGUACUGUAGUUUAUUUUUUGUAUUCAAAAUUAUGGAUUAACAGUAAAGUUUUUCAGUAUUGUUUUUGCCAAUUCCACCAAAUUUUUACUCCCUCCACAUCCACGUUCACCUUGUUAAUUUUGUUUUGUUCCAUUGGUUUUAUUACAGUAGUAUUUACGUAUACAUUUAAAUGAUUGUAAAACAUACAUACAGUUUCUCUUGAGCAAGAUUGCAUUUAAAAUUAUUUGAUAUGUUCAUUAAUGUUCAUGCUAAAUUUCUGAUAUGAUGAUAGUGUUUGAUGGAAUCUACUUGAUGAUGUAUUAUUUAUGAAAGUAGAGAAUUAUGAAAACCUAAUAUAUGCUAAAUAAUCAGAGUUUGUUCCAGUGUCUAAAAUGCCUUUUCACUUGGAUGCAUUCUGUGUUGUGGUAAUGAGCCUAUGUAUACAGUGUAUAUACAGUACUGUAUUGUAUUUGGUGGAUAAAGGUGUGUGUGCGUGUGUAAUGAAUAAAAAUACAUUUUGUUGUGCUGCAUUGCCCUACCAACCAAGCUUUAAUGCAUAAUAUUAUAACUGAAUAUUAAUCAGUGAAGUGCUUGUAAAUUGUGAUGUGGUACCUACAGUACCUGUAACAGACAGCCCCUGUGGUGGACGAGAGUUGCUGGUACCGGGUUACCGGCACAGACACGAAGGGACCCUUAGUGGUGAAGAAAGUCUUUGAUCGUGUUCCUAGUCCACAUAUCAAGCGCCCUGAGCAUCUUAUGUUAGAUGGAUAUGUGCGCUAUAUAAAACUACAUUAUUAUUAUCAUUGUUACCUCCAUGUUUAUAGAUAUUUUCCAAACUGAAUGGCAUUAUUAACAUGGCUGAUAAAUAACAGUCACAGAGGAGUGAUUGUUAUCUCUCUAUACCCAGUUGGUGUGAACAAAUUCAUCAUCAUCAUAUGCUGUCAUAUUCAUUGUGUGCUUUUUGCAUAAUUUUUCAUUGGACUUUUUCAUUUUGAAAUAUUCUUAUUUUUUGUGCAAUUAUUCAGCUAAUAUUUAAAAAAUAUGCCGUCCACCAUGUUUUUAUAUUAAACAGUAAAUGAAAUGCUGUUAAAAUGUUGAUUACUAUAAAAUUAAAGAACCUGUAUAACAGUAGCUGAGACUCAGAGAGGAGAAACUCUGUUUAUUUUCCUAACUAUGAAUAAAAGUAGUAAAACAAUAAAUGUGACGUAAAUGUUCCUGAAAUGUUAAGGCCAAAUGGCUUACAAUGAGUAAGUUCUAUGUCACGUAUAACUAUAAGGUGACACUGCCUCGUUACUGAGCCUCUACCUAACAAUCAGUUGAUACUGCAUAUUUUUUUAGUCCUGUAUAUUUAGUUUUCAACAGUUUACAAUACAAAAUUAUAGAUCAGCAUUGUAUUGUAGAGUUAAGUUGGAAAGUUACCAGUUAAAAAAACAGUAUAAAUACUAGUUUAUCUGUCUUGAGUUGCUUAUUGAUAUGGACUGCUUGAGUAAGCUCAGUAAUGAAGGGGUUUCACAUGGUGUUGUGACAUAGUACUCUAUAACUUUAAGCAACUUCAGUUAGAUUACAUUUGUUAAAGUUUGCUUUUAAGGACUUUUUCAUUCACUUUGAUGUAAUUACUAUAAUUCUAUUAUUAAGUGUUCUUUGUUUAGUUUUUGUUAAUUGAAUUAUAAAUUUAAUAUUAAAUAAUAGUACUUUUCUUCGUUAGUUAUAAAUUAUAUUAAUUAAUUUUAUAUUAAACUGAAAGACUACUGACUUCCAUAAAAAUAUAGGAACCAAAGGUUUUCUUGAUAUUUUUAUACGAUUUUUGCUUAAAGAAGAGAGGUUGUUUUUCUGUUAGGAUAAGAGGCUAUCUGCCAUUGUGCACGUUAUAAAUUAACUCAUUAGAGAAUUUCCUGUAAUUCUCCAGCUUAUAAUUAAAAUGGUUUGUUCUUAGUUUAAAUUCUGUAAGAAAUUAUGGGAGGGUAAUUACAGAUGACUAGAAAUGAUUUUGUGAAUUUACAGUGCUUGCUCUAAAUUAUUGAUAUUUAUGCAUGUACAGUAAUUUGUAUUCGUGAUACAAUACUUUUGAUGUGCUAAUUAAUACUAUUUAAAAAGUUGCUAUGUGAUUGUAUUUAUCUACAAAGUAUUUAAAUAAGCUUGAACUCUGGAUCAGUAGCAGUAUUGUAUGUUCAGAAUCUUGCAUUCAUGUUCUGCAGUUUCCCAACAUACUGUAAGAAUGAUGUUUAUUCAUUCCCACACAAAUUUAUGCAUGUUUUAAUGUGACUGUCAUCCAUUUUUCACUAAUAAUGAAUCUAAAUACUUAAUUAUGGUACAAUGUGAGAAAUAAAAUUUAAUAUCAGUGAUAAUGUAUUACCAAUAUUGCAUGUAUUUUUUAGACAUGGAGUUCAAUGAUAUUUAAAGCCCAGAUAGCACAUUGAUGUUCUACCCUUUGACUGUAAGUUUAAUACAAAUACAAUAUAUGAAAAAUGUAAUAUAUAAUAAUGUACAGGUGUGAUUAAAAAUAAUAAUAAUGCAGUUUUCCUGUAGGUGGUGCAACUACUCCAAUACAUUAUUGUUGUCAAAUUUAUGUAAAUUGUUGCAGUAUGUU